CUCAUUGGAUGUGUGUCAUUUAGAUGGUAGGCCGUUGAUUUAUUAAAAAAUAUUUGCUGGUCGUUGGCAGGUGAUUUCAAAACACGGAAAAUGGUAGUAGGUGUUGGCUUCCCAAGCCCUUUGUUGUGUUGCCAUUGCUUUGCUUCUCAGAUAUCAGCCAUUUUGAAUUCGCCAUGUUUUGGAGGAUUAAAACUAAGUCUCUGGUUACUUUCCUUAACACUCACUGAAACAGUCUCUCUCAUAUGUAUAAAAUGAGCAAGUUCUUGGAGUCAUGGUGCAAGAGGCGGCCUAAAACCAAUCAUCAACGAUCAUCACAGCAGGUAGAUUUCAAAGGAAGCAUGGAGGAAUCAUUCUCAGAGAGUGAGACCAACAUCAUAAAAAACCAUGAUUUUUCUAGUGGGCUUCACUUUUGGCACCCCAACGGUUGCCAUGGGUUUGUGAUCUCAGAGAGUUUCAAUGGUAUUGAGCCAGCUUCUGGUUCGAGUUUUGCUGUUAUUGCAGAACGCUCUCAGUGUUGGCAGGGCCUAGAACAGGAUAUCACAGAGCAUGUUCUACCUAAUCUUUUGUAUAAGUUCACUGCCUAUGUACGCAUAUCAGGGCCCAUCAAUGGAGCCACCAAUGUGCAAGCGACACUGAAGCUGGAGAACCCAAAUUCAAAUCCAAGCUAUAUGUUCCUAGGAAGAGCACAAGUGUCGAAAGAGAGGUGGGAGAAGUUGGAAGGACCGUUUUCAUUGGUGACGGUACCUGAACGUCUGGUGUUUUACUUGGAAGGGCCCAAUCCUGGCAUUGACAUGCUCAUUGACUCUGUGAAAAUCUCGUGUACUGCUCAAGGAAAGUUGGAGGAAGUGACAGGGUCCAAUUUAUAUGAAGAUGAGAACAUAAUUCUGAACCCACGAUUCGAGAAUGACCUUAUCAACUGGUCUGGAAGGGGCUGCAAAAUUGUGUUGCAUGACUCUAUGGGAGAUGGAAAAGUCCUUCCCUUGGAAGGGAAGGUAUUUGCUGCUGCAACAGAACGUACACAAACUUGGAAUGGGAUUCAGCAAGAGAUCACAGGCCGUAUUCAGAGAAAGCUUGCCUAUGAGGUCUCUGCAACAGUGAGAAUAUAUGGUAGUUCUAAAAAUGCAGAUUUGAGAGCUACAUUGUGGGUUCAGAAACCAGACCUGAGAGAACAAUACAUUGGCAUUGCCAGUGUGCAGGCCUCAGAUACGACCUGGUCACAGUUGCAGGGGAAGUUCCUUCUGAACGGCUAUGCGAACAAAGUUAUUAUCUAUCUAGAAGGACCACCUGGAGGAACUGAUAUCCUUGUAAAUAGUUUGAUAGUCAAGCAUGCAACCAAGCCUCCUCCUACCCCACCUCCUGUCAUUGAGAAAACUCUAUUUGGAGUCAAUAUCGUUGAGAACAGCAAUCUAGACAGUGACCUAAGUGGGUGGUUUCCUCUCGGUCCAUGCUCUCUCAGUAUUGCAAGUGGUUCUCCUCAACUUCUUCCUCCAAAGGCAAGGGAAUCUCUAGGACCAGGUGGACCCCUUAGUGGUCGCUACAUCCUUGCAACAAACAGAACUCAGACAUGGAUGGGCCCUGCUCAAACUAUCACAGAUAAGUUGAAGUUAUUCAUGACCUAUCAGGUAUCUGCUUGGGUUCGGGUUGGUUCAGUUGCAAGUGGUCCUCAAAAUAUCAAUGUUGCCCUCGGAGUAGAUAAUCAAUGGGUAAAUGGGGGUCAAAUUGAGGUUAAUGAUGGAAGAUGGCAUGAGAUUGGGGGGUCAUUUAGAAUCGAAAAACAGCCAUCCAAAGUUAUAGUUUAUUUGCAGGGCCCUUCUUCAGGGGUGGAUCUGAUGGUUGCAGGAUUACAAAUUUUCCCUGUUGAUAGGCAAGCGAGAUUUAAACAUCUUAAGAAACAAACUGAUAAGGUACGGAAGCGUGAUGUUGUUAUCAAAUUUUCAGGACUUGAUACCACUGGUUUGUUUGGCGCCUUUGUGAAAGUCGAACAGACUCAAAACAGUUUUCCUUUAGGGUCAUGCAUUAAUAGGACCAAUAUUGAUAAUGAGGACUUCAAUGACUUUUUUGUGAAGAAUUUUAAUUGGGCCGUGUUUGGAAAUGAGUUGAAAUGGUAUUGGACAGAACCCCAAAAAGGAAAUUUCAACUAUAGGGAUGCAGAUGAGCUCUUAGAUUUUUGUACAAGCCAUGGUAUUGAUGUUAGAGGUCAUUGUAUAUUCUGGGAAGUGGAAGGUGUUGUUCAAUGGUGGCUGAAACCAAUGAACAAAAAUGACCUAAUGACUGCUGUUCAAAACCGUCUUACUGGUCUCCUUACGAUGUACAAAGGGAAAUUCAAACACUAUGAUGUGAACAAUGAGAUGCUCCAUGGCUCUUUCUAUCAAGAUAGACUAGGAAAAGACAUCAGAGCUUACAUGUUUAAAACAGCCCAUCAACUCGAUCCCUCUGCAAUUCUCUUUGUGAAUGAUUAUCAUGUUGAGGAUGGGUGUGACCCAAGAUCAUCGCCUGAGAAAUACAUUGAACAAAUCCUUGAUUUGCAAGAACAAGGUGCACCGGUUGGAGGGAUAGGAAUUCAAGGCCAUAUCGAUAGCCCUAUUGGUCCUAUAGUUAGCACAGCAUUGGAUUCAUUAGGCUUACUUGGCCUUCCUAUUUGGUUCACUGAACUAGAUGUAUCAUCUGUUAAUGACCAUAUAAGAGCAGAUGACUUAGAGGUCAUGCUUAGAGAAGCCUUUGCUCAUCCAGCAGUGGAGGGUAUCAUGCUAUGGGGAUUUUGGGAACUGUUUAUGAGCAGAGAGAAUUCUCACUUGGUUGAUGCUGAAGGCAGUCUCAAUGAAGCUGGUAAAAGGCUUCUUAGUCUUAAGCAAGAUUGGCUUUCGCAUUGUCAUGGAUGUAUAGAUGACAAAGGAGAGUUCAAAUUUAGAGGUUUUUAUGGGGCAUACACUGUUGAAGUUACUACUCUCACAAAUACUUAUACUAAGACUUUUGUUGUUGACAAGGGGGAUGUUCCUUUGGAGCUGACUAUUUCCUUUUAAUUCUUGAAUGCUGGUUUCUUUCUGUUGUGUACAAAUAAGGAUCACCAUUCAUUUGUUCAGGCUCAAGGUUGUAGUCAUGGAAGAAAUGGUUUAGCAUUUGAUGACUCACUCAUUGGGAGUACAGUGCUGCGCUUUGAUUACUAAAAUGGCUUUUGUUUACUAUCCACUGGAGAUAAAAUUUGCGGCCCUUCAUCUGUAGCAUUCAUGAGGCCCUUGUUUAUUUGUGGCUAAGCAAAGUAACAUUGGUUAUAUAGUCA